AGGUUUACAAAGUUUUCUCAUCGAGGGAUUCAGUCACAUCAUGGUUCAUACCCGUCGACCAAUCACAAAACAAAGACAGCUAUCACUUCCUGGUUGAGCUCCCAUGCUUGUUGUGUGCUCUCCAGAGUUCAACACGUUUUCUUUCGCUACACAAGAGUAAAUAAUCUCAUGGCAAAAGUCAAAUCUUUGAAAGCAGAUGCGUAUCUGCCUAAAAAGAAGAAGUUGAGUUUAAAUGCCAGCGAGGUUCAUGAGGAAGAAAUGAUGGACACUAAAAGAAAAAAGAAAAAGAGAAAGAUGGAAAUAGAGGAGGCUCCAGUACAGGUUCCUCAUGUGGCCAUCCCAGUGGAUGAUAAAAAACAGAAAAAGGAAAAGAAACGCAAAAAGAAACAAAUGACAGAGCAAACAGAGAUUUCAGAUUCGCCCUGUCGCCCAGAGGGGACUCAUGAGCUGGAGGGAGAGGAGGACUUGAGUCCCGAGGAGAAGCGGGUCCUGGAGAGGAAGAUGAAGAAGAUCUUGAAAAAGGAGGAGAAGAAGAGGCUUAAAGCUGAGGGAGAGACCUCAGAGAAAACUGAAACAGCUGGACCCAGUGCACCUCAGCAGGCCUUAGAUUACCUCACCUGCUGGGCUGAAACCCGAACAAAGUGGAAGUUCCAAAAGACCAGGCAGACGUGGUUACUGCAGCACAUGUUUAACUCCGAAAAGAUUCCAGAUGAGAAGUUCUCCUUGCUGCUCGAGUACCUGGAGGGGCUUCGUGGAGCAGCCAAAGACACCACAGUGCAGAAGGCCUUAGCCCUGGUUGAAGAGUCGGGACAAGCGCCAGAGGACACAGUUGUCCAGCAGAGGGCGCACAGAGCCAAAGAAGUUAUCCAGCUGCUCUCCUGAACCCACCACCAUCAGGGAAAGGCAUGAGGUCCACCAGAAAAAGACUGAUGUUUGUUGAUCAGUGGACUGAAUUAAUGCCCUGGUCUCAAGCAAGGACUAAAAAGUUUUGUUUUAUAUGUAAUUUUCAGGAACAGUCCUUUAGGGAAAGUAUUUGUUUUGAUUAAAUUACCAGUAUUGCUCACAUUUUCUAAUCUAAAA